AUGACGCAGCAAAAUCGCGUCCGUUGCGCGCAAAAAAACUCAAGGUUAACCUUACCGGCGACCGAGGAGCCAAAAAAAGAUUUAGAUAAUUAUAUACUCCUACAAGUACGAGCACAACUACAACCACCACGUCAAACAACACUACAAUUUUCAAAACAAUCGGGAUUACUUACACCACCAUCCUCAUUAUCAUCUUCACGCUCCUCAUCUCCCACUUCUAAAACAUCAACUCGUAAACAACGACGGCAAGCGCUUCUGGCACAAUCUCUCGCUCUGGAACUCUCUGCCUCCGUCAUCCCUAACUCUAACUCAAACUCCAAAAACAAAAACAAAAACAAAAACAAUGACCCCAGCGAAAACCCACCCAACAUCCACAUAACCCACAAUAACCUCUCCAACCUCACCCUCAACCUCACCCUCACAAACCCACCCACCAUGCCCCCCUCCACCCGUCUCCUCAUCUGCUCCAUUGGCAACCCCGCCCCCUACACCAACACACUCCACUCCGCCGGACACACAAUCCUCACGCUCCUAUCCUCUACGCUCUCGCAACCCAACUUCAUCAAAUCCCGCAGUCACGGCAACGGUCUCCUAUCCCCCGGGCCCAUCUACACACUCUGGAAAUCGAGCUCCUUGAUGAACAUAUCGGGAACUGGGGUAAAUGCCGCCUGGACGACAUUUCUACGAGAAUCCGCAUCUUCCGCUGCUGCGGAAUGCAAACUCGUGGUUAUUCAUGAUGAGAUGGAACUUGCGCCUGGGAAGAUUAAUGUUAAGCCCGGGAGUAAUAGUCCAAAGGGUCAUAAUGGGUUGAAGAGUAUUCGCGAUUCGUUGCGUGGACAGCCGUAUACGCGCAUUGGGAUUGGGAUUGGGAGGCCGGAGAGUAGGGAUCCCCGGGUUGUGGCGGGGUAUGUGUUGAGAAAGAUGAGUGCUGAGGAGAAGAGGAAGAUUGAGGGGUGUGUUGGGAAGGUGGUGGAGGAGUUGGCAAGGUUGAGUGGAGAGUAG